AUGGAUAGUGAUACCUUCUCUAACCAAAAAGGCUGGACAAAUAAGUUGAACGCUCUUAACGAAAUCAGAAACCUAAAACUGCACAAACCAGAGCUCGUUCUGAAAUAUGGAGCAACUCUUCUUACCAAACACAAAUGGAGGCUCGGAACUGACUAUUGGAAUGUAUGUGAAGAUGUAUUUUACGCUUCUUUAGAUACUUUAUCUCCAGAAUGAACUGAUUUUACCAUCAAAGCUCUGAGAAGACAAUUUGGCCAGACUGUAAGAGUUAUGAGAAUGGAAGGAAUUUUAUUUGAGCAUUCAGGACGAUUUAAUGAGGCAAUGAAAAUUUAUGAGGAAAUGCUUACCACUAAUCCAUUGGAUGCUGCAACUUGGAAGAGAAAAAUUGCACUCUUUAGAACUACUGGGAAAAUAGAUGAGGCAAUUAAUACUUUGAAUACUUAUCUUGAAACAUUUCAAGCAGAUAUAGAAGCUUGGGAAGAAUUAGCUGAUAUAGAUAUUUAUAGUGAUUAGAAGCUAAUUAGUAGAAAAGAAUUUUAUUGGUGUAGGAUUAUAAAUAAAUAUAGCAGAGAACUAGAGUAGAGUGACUAUGUAUAUUUAUUUAGCUAAUCAGCAUUUUUCACAAGCUGCAUAUUGCUAUGAAGAAAUUGUGCUGAGCUCUCCUGAAAACUGCUGGGUGAUAUUAAAGUAUGCCGAAAUGUUAUAUUCCAUAGGAACAUUAGAGAAAGUUAAUUUGGCAAGGAAAUAUUUUAUGCAAGCGAUUAUACUCAAUAAUCAGUGCACCAGAGCAAUGUGGGGAUUGUAUCAGUGCUGCAAUUUUAUUAAAUCAGGAAAGCCAGAUGAUGUUAAUACUAAACUCUUAGAUAAAGCCAAAGCAUUACUACAAAAAGCAUAUCAAGGAAGCCCAAUUCAAAUCAGUAAUUUGCUUAGCUAA